GAAUAAAUAUUCCCCCAUCGCUAAUCAUAUUCCGUAGAAAAAAUGAACAAUCCUCCGAAAAAAGCCUGCAAAAAUAUGGGAGAUCCGAUGUCUUCUCAUAUAACUUACGUUAAGAAGAAUGGACAGAAGUAUCGCAAGUUUCUUGUCCCAAAUUGCUGCAGCCGACAUUAUUUUCAGCUGAUUUUGAGGUUAUUUAACGGACCCGACGAUCCCUAUUUUCUUCCCAUUGUUCGGAUAUUUGCCGAAUUACUUAAGCGCUAUAAAGAAGUGCAACAGAAUGAAGUUUGGAGCGACGAGGAUCUAAAAUAUAUCCAUGAGGGAAUGUCUUUUAAGAAAGAUAAAGAGGAAAAGACAGUAAAAGGCGCACUUAAUAAGAAAACCAAAAAGGUUAAGAAGAACAAAAAGAAGAUAUUUGAGGCUAAACAGACUGCAUUUAAAGAGUCUUAUAAGAAGUUUGUACCUGAAAACAAUGAGAAUCCUGAGGAUCCAUCCGACGGAGAAGAACCAUAUGAACCCUAUGAACCAUACUGAUUCUCAAAGAAGUCAUUCAGAAUAUUAUUCACGAUACCAUCCUAAUGUACCUAAUAUUUAAACGAAUCAUUCAGAACAUUAUCUUUAUUCACCUAUAAAUGUGCUCAGCGCAAAUUAAAUAAAAAACAUGUGAUAUGUAAGAAUUGAUCACUAAACUGAACCUUUAA